GAGCUCAUUGAUUGGUUACCACGCCGAGCCAUGCCGCGCUAUCACUGAAGUAGGGAUCUUUGUGUUUUCCCUCCGUUUCUAGAGAAAAGAGACGAAGCUCAUCCGGCGACAUGGCAGGAGGAAAAGCUGGAAAAGACAGUGGCAAAGCGAAGGCAAAAGCAAUUUCCAGAUCUCAAAGAGCUGGUCUCCAGUUUCCUGUAGGGCGUAUCCAUAGGCACCUGAAAACUCGAACCACCAGCCAUGGGCGUGUUGGUGCUACAGCAGCGGUGUACAGCGCGGCUAUCUUGGAGUAUCUGACCGCUGAGGUGUUGGAGUUGGCUGGUAAUGCCUCUAAGGACUUGAAGGUGAAACGUAUCACUCCAAGGCAUUUACAGUUGGCCAUCCGUGGAGAUGAGGAGUUGGACUCGCUCAUCAAAGCCACCAUUGCUGGCGGAGGGGUGAUUCCACACAUUCACAAGUCUCUGAUUGGAAAGAAGGGCCAGCAGAAAACUGUAUAAGAUGCAUCUGGACUUUGUCUUUAUAGUAAACGGCAAUCAGUAUGGAGAAAGCAGUUGUUUCGUUACAUUCCCUCUUUGUUUGGUUAAGUUUUUAAACGUAGUUUGACUUAACAUUUGUUAGAGUUUAACAUACUGUUUCCAUGAUGGGAGGGCAAUUAGUGGUCUGGGGUAAGAAAAACAAAUUGUCUUCUUUUUUUAUUUUUAUUAUUGUUGUAAUUAGGUGGGUUAAGGAAUAGGUUUUGGGUUUUUCCUAAGGUGUGGGUUUCGUUAUUAGCUUUUGAAAAUCUGUUUUAUACAUUAAAUUUUUCCUAUAUUUUA